AUACUUUAUUGGAUUCAGUCUACAAACGGUCGCCAAUUAGACAAGUGAGAUACUGUCUUGAGGCUCGAGACGUGCUCCUUCACUUUUUUUUUUAGUUAUUGUGUCUUUCAAAAAAAUAUACAUAGUAUUUUUAUUUUGUUUUAUCUGUUAAAAGUUGAAAAGAUCACAGGCAUAGGCACAGUCAGAGUCAGAGUCGGAAACACUGGGAAAGGCAUAGCACACGCUAUCAAAACAAAUCCCUGUCGCGUUCGUAUCGCAUUUCAUGCGAGUUAAUUAGUUUUGAGGGGUGAAUAAAGUGUUAUAGUGUGUUUUGAGAUACUUUUCCGUUGUGCAUCAUCUCAUCAUCAUAAUCAUAGCUUAGUUACUUACAUUAGUUAUUAGUUAGAGGAUUUUAAAUAGAUAAGUCAAGUUGAUGAACACAAUAAUGAUGAUGAAUAAGAGAAAUUUCGCAACUGUCCUUCUCGUGAUAUUCAGUUUAAUUAUUUUAAUCGGUGCGUGUCCUCGAGCUCCUAGCCAUUUGCCACAUGGUAGGCGUACGCGAGGUGAUAAUGGUUAUAAUUUAAUUGUUGCCGACAGUCCCAAUGGAUAUGUACCUGGAAGGACAUACAAUAUUGUUCUCCUUGGUUCUCGGACCCACACCAAAGUUCAACAUUUUACUCACUUCACCAUCACGGCUGAGGCUGUAAGUGGCUCAAGACGUCCAACAGUGGCAAGUCCCAGACGUGUAGGACGUUUCCAACUAUUCAGUGAUUCCCUCACUAAGUUCAAUGAGAAAUGUGUGAAUACAAUUUCGGAGGCUGACGAUCUACCAAAAACCGAAAUUCAAGUAAUGUGGGUUGCCCCCGAAGCCGGAUCGGGUUGUGUUUCUAUUUCAGCCAUGGUCUAUGAAGGUUCUCAUGCUUGGUUCUCUGACGAUGGUCGCCUAACUCAAAAAAUGUGCGAACGGAAAUCCGAUGUGAAAACAGUGAAGAAAGAAUGCUGUGCCUGUGAUGAAGCUAAAUACAGUUUUGUAUUCGAAGGAAUUUGGUCGAAUGAGACUCAUCCCAAGGACUAUCCCUUUGCAGUUUGGCUAACUCAUUUCUCGGAUAUUGUCGGUGCUUCCCACGACUCAAACUUUACCUUCUGGGGUGAAAACCACAUCGCUACCGAUGGUUUUCGUUCACUGGCUGAGUUUGGUUCCCCAUCAGCUCUUGAGACAGAACUCCGUGGAAAGGGUUCGAGACUGAGGACUCUCAUUAAAGCUGCAGGCUUAUGGUAUCCAAAUGUCAACCAAAACACGUCGUCAAACUUUAGGACCGAUCGGAAGCAUCAUAAGGUCUCGUUGGUUUCCAUGUUUGGUCCCUCUCCUGAUUGGGUUGUUGGUAUUAGUGGAUUCGAUCUUUGCACUGAGGACUGUUCGUGGAAGGAAUCAAUGGACUUUGAUUUGUUCCCAUGGGAUGCUGGUACCGAUAGUGGUAUUACUUACAUGUCUCCAAACAUUGAAACCAUCCCCAGAGAGAGAAUGCACAAAAUAACAACCAUGUACCCUGAAGAUCCAAGAGCACCCUUCUACAACCCCAACUCAAAGACAAUGACUCCUUUGGCUAAAUUGUACAUUCGCAGGGAGAAGAUUAUCUCAAGAAAUUGCGAUGACGACUUUUUGCAAGCUCUCCAGUUGGAUGUUUCUGAUGAUUCUGAAGAUCAGGACACCAGAAGUGAGUGCAGAGUAGGUGACUACUCCAGUUGGAGCCCAUGUUCAGUAAGCUGUGGCAAAGGAAUACGAAUGAGGACUAGGGAAUACCUUAAUCCUGAUAAGGCUAAAAUGGCAAAAUGCAGCCGUCAGCUAGUUUCCAAGGAGAUGUGUGCUGCUCCUAUUCCCGAAUGUAGCGCUCCCGCUGAAGACGACGACGAAGGUGAGAACCUUGCCAAGAGUCAGAUUUCAUCCAACGAUGAUGGUGAAGGUGCUGGAAUUUGUAAAACAACUCCAUGGGCAGAUUGGUCAGAAUGUUCAGCAAGUUGUGGAAUCGGAAUCACAAUGCGUACUAGGACCUUCCUUAAUCAUUUGGGUAGGAAACGUUGCCCUCAUGUGACCAUUGUUGAAAAGCAAAAGUGCAUGAAGCCCGAUUGUACCUUUGAACAAGUCGAGUUGCCAGAUCCUCUCUGUCCCACUACUCAAUGGAGUGAUUGGAGUCCUUGCACAGCUACAUGCGGUCGUGGAGUAACUAUUCGUACUCGUUUAGUGCUAGUUGAGGAGGACAUGAUGGCCAACUGUACCGCUCGCAUGGAGUUGAACCAACAGAAAGAGUGUACUGUCCGUGCCGAUUGUACUUUGAGCAUGGAUUUGGCUAAAGAAAUCUGCCGUGAGAAGUCAGAUGUUGGUCCAUGCCGUGGAUCGUACACACGUUAUGCCUACAAUCAAGACAUUGGACGUUGUGAGUCCUUUACUUAUGGAGGAUGCCGUGGUAAUCGCAAUAAUUUCCUUAGCGAGCAGGAUUGUAUGAACACCUGUAAAAUGUUAGGAUCAUCUCAACAGGAAACUUAUCGUCCGUCAACAGAAUCAGCACCAAUCUACCCCAAACAAGUUCUUCAAAAACCUCCAUCAAAUCUUGAUUUGCCUGAAGGAUGUGUCAUGUCCGAAUGGUCUAAUUGGUCAGAAUGUAAUGUACGUUGUGGCCUUGGCUAUUCGGAACGUUCACGUUAUGUUAUUAGUGAACCAAAGAAUGGUGGACAACCAUGCCCUAAAAGAACUGUCAAACGUCGUAGAUGUACUAUGUCAGAUUGUUAAUUAAAAUGUCAUUAACUCAUAAUUAUUAAUACUGCAAUUAAAGAGCUUUUAUAAGCUUGAGUUUUGGUUCUUUUAAAUUAUGUUUUUAGUUUUUUUUAAAUGUUUUUAAUGCAAUGUUAUAUUUUGACAUAGAAUGCAAUAAAUAGAACGAAAAAUAAUA